AUGCCGUCCAUGGACCAUGCCCCGGAUGUCGAGGCCGGCCCAGCCAAGUCCGCCAUCGACCACAAUGACGAUGCCGCCGAGUCUCAUGGCCUCGACAAGGCGACCGUUUUCCUCAAGCAAGUGGGCAAGGCGGGCCAUCAAGUCGUGGUCUCGCAUGCCGACAGCCGGCGUGUAGCGAAACUAAUCGACCGUCGGAUUCUGCCCAUCCUGCUCUUCAUCUACUGUCUCCAGUCCCUCGACAAGAAUACCCUCUCGUACGCCAGCGUCUUCGGUCUCAUCGACGAUACGCACCUCGAAGGGGACCAGUACUCGUGGCUCGGGUCUGUCGUCUACGUCGCCCAGCUGGUCUUCCAGCCCCUGGUCGCCUACAUCUUGGUCAAGUUCCCCAUCGGCAAGUUCUUGGCCGUCAUGGUCUUUGCCUGGGGCGCAAUCCUCUGCGGGAUGAUUGCUGCGCACAACUUCACUGGCCUCUUGACCGCCCGACUUUUCCUCGGUAUUUUCGAGGCUGCUGUUGCUCCUACGUUCGUUGCCGUCGUGCAGAUGUGGUACAGACGCCGAGAGCAGACCACGCGGAAUGCCGCGUGGUAUUGCAUGUUGGGCGUCGUUAACAUGGUGGGUAGUUUGUUGACCUACGGUCUCAGUCAUAUCAAAUCGACUCUACACCCCUACCAGAUCAUCUUCCUGUUCUGUGGAUGCCUUACCUUAGCCUGGUCCAUCGUCACAUUCAUCUUCAUGCCUGACUCGCCCAUGACGGCCAAGUUUCUGAAGGGUGAUGAUGGCCUGAUCGCCAUCGAACGCCUGCGGAUGAACCAGCAGGGUAUCGGCUCUGGUGUCUGGAAGUGGGAACACGUGUGGGAGGCCAUGCUAGAUGUCAAGACCUGGCUCUGGUUCUCUCUCAUGUUUGUCAUCUCCAUCCCGAGCGGCGGCAUCUCCACAUUCGGCCCCCUAAUCGUCCAGUCCUUCGGCUUCGACAGCCUAACCACGAUCCUCUUCAACAUUCCCUUCGGCGCCGUCCAGCUGAUCGCCACCCUCGGCGGGGCCUGGCUCUCCGACAGAAUCCGGAUGAAAGCUCCCGUGCUGAUGCUCCUCUGCGUCGGCCCCAUAGUCGGUUGCUCCAUCCUCCUAGCCAUCGGCCGCGCCCCGAGCGACCGUGCCGUGCUGCUCUUUGGCUAUUACAUCAUCUCUGUCUACCCGGGCAUCUCGCCGCUCAUCUACUCGUGGUCCGGCCAAAACACGGGCGGCGACACCAAGCGCAAGGUCACCACGGCCAUGCUCUUUAUCGGUUCCAACACGGGCAACAUCAUCGGCCCGCUGCUGUUCCGCACCGACGAGAAACCUCGCUACACGCGCGGCUUGACGGCUAACCUAGCGCUGUUUGUUGCGCUGGCCGUCUUGACAGGGCUGGGCAUGCUCUGGAUCAGGGUCUUGAAUGUCAAGCAUGCCAAGGCGCGCGUGGCGCUGGGGAAGCCGGAGAAGAUUGUUGACUUGAGUAUGAUGGAUAACAGGGAGAUUGAAAACGAUGAGGGUGUCUUGAAUCAGGCCGCUGAUAAUGUAGGCGAGAGAGGUUUUGAGGACUUGGGGGAUCUCAAGAAUGAGGACUUCAUAUACGUGUACUGA